AUGGCGAUGGAGAUGGAUUCGGCGGUGGAGGAAUGGCGGCGGAAGGAGCGGGAGGCGGCAAGGCGCACCGAGAAGGUGGAGGUGGAGAAGGAAGCGAGAGGAGGGGAGGGUAAGGUCUGGAGGGGAGGCGCGGAAGCGGAGGAGGUGGAGGACGGGGGCGGGGGAGACGUGUACAAGUGGGAGGAGGAGAGCGGAGCGAUCGGUCGGAACUGGAGGAUGCAGGGGCAGGGGUACCAGAGGCAGCCGUUUGAGGCGGGGCACCGCUCGUUCUGGAGGCCGAGAGGCGGAGGCAGGAGCGGGAGAGGAGGCGGGAGAGGAGGGUUUCCGUUUCAGCGCCACCCUUGGUACGGCGCCGUGAAUCAGCAGCACCAAAAAACAGACAUCUCUAACAAUCCUGGAGUAUAUGGUGGUGCAGUUAUCAUCUGCAAUCAUGAGAUUAAGCAGCAAUUCUUCGAACAGAAACAUUUUGCCCUACCUGGUUAUGCUGCAACUUUUAUAAAGAAGAUCAGAGCUGGUAUGCUUCUCUUUCUGUUUGAGCAUGAGGAGAGAAAACUCUAUGGAGUAUUUGAGGCAACUUCAGAUGGUGCACUGAACAUUCUUCCUGAUUCAUGUGCUUCAUUGUGCAAGCUUCGACCAGCUCAGGUUCUUUUCAGAAGAGUUUGGUUUUGUAAGCCCCUAACUGAAGCUGAAUUUUCUGAUGCCAUUAAAGGACAUUGUCUCCAGCCUCAAAGGUCCUUCUUUGGUAUAUCAUACCAACAGGUUCUGAAUCUUGUGGACUUAUUUUCUUCAAGAAUGAUCAGGCUUCAAGCCUACCAAAAACCAAAAUCAAAAGUUUUAUGGGACUACAAUAUCUCUCUGGCUCGUACUGGUCGAGAAUUCAGGUUAUACACUCAUAGCAAUGGUUUUUGUCAUCCGUCUUCUAAGUUCUGCAACAACAGAAUCUCUUUACCACACAUUCCAUUCAUGUUUGCCAAACACAAUGGCAAGCAUCCUGCUCAUAAACAUGAGUCUCCUCUACACCCUUGCCCUAAGCCUGUGGUCUUCAAGUCACCAGAUAUCAUAGAAAAAAACAAGCCAGACGAUGCUGAUUACAUACCACUCGAGCUAGAUGAUUGCAACUCUGACAGUGAUGGAAGUCAGUCAGCUUUAAUGGGGACUGUAAGCUUCCAUUCAACAAUGGAGAGUAACAUCAGUUGUGAAGAUCAAGUUCCCAAACCAUUUAAUGGAAAACACACUGAGGAUGAUAGGUGUUGUUCAUCUGUGCUGAACCAAAGGUUCGUUUCUGAAAGUGAAACUGGUCAGAACAAUGUAACUUUGCACAUUAUGAAAGGGAGCGAAUCAGAGUUGCAGGCCAAGGGGUGCAAACGAAAGGGAACCAUUCAACUUGAACUCUCAGAUGUCUUAUCCCCAAUGAGAGCUUGCAGUUUGGCAAAAAAGGUAUCAUUUAGCUUUGGUGGCAAUGGGAUUUCUGUUACUUCUGAUAAAGCAUCAUGCAUCCCUACACUUGCUGGAAUACAACAGAGCAGAGAAGCAGUUUUGAAAGAAAGUAGGGAACAUAGUGGCUUUUUGGCCCAAGACAUUCAGAGUGAGAGAGAUGCUUCAACAAAGAGGAGUAAGCUCACGAGACCUUCAUUUUCAGAAUGAUAUAGGAAUCAGCAUGCCCAGUGGUGCUCCAGAAAUAGCAGUUCACAGGUGACUCGAUCAGGAAUGCACACUUCUCUCGGAUGAGGAAUGAAGGUAGAAGAUCACAUGUUAGUUCAGGUAGCAAGAUAGGAGCUGAUGAUGACAGCACGUAGCACUAAUGCUUUUUGCCUCGGGUGGAAUUUCUGGUAGAAUUGCUUUUUGGCCUUGGUGGAAUUUCUUCUGGUAACUCCACGAGUAGCAUAGCUUAGGAUGGUUCCAUUAUGCUUGUCUCGCAAUACCUGAGCUGCUGUAAAUAGGAUGUUUCAAUCAUCGCAUUGUUAUCUUUCAGUUGGUUAAACUGAGACCUGAAUUCAGUGUUCUGAGCUAUGAUUCUGUAAGGCGAUCUUAAUAUUCCUGAGAUUCUAUGGGCACUUUGCUGAUAAGAUGCUACUAUCUCCUUGGAGACUGUCCGAGAAUAUUCUUUUCAGUGAAAUUGAUGGUUGAUUUACUUCCA